UAGUAAAACAUGUAAGAGCAACUAGCAACACAGUCAUUCGGUGUUUUGGUUCGAUAACUCGACGUUCGUUCGUUAUCACUUUGUUUUCAUUGAACACAACGAAUAAAUAGAUUGAAGUUCAAAAUUUAAAAGAAAUAAAAAAACUACUAAGAUGGCUAUUGGGGCAGGAAUGUCGUGUGUGAAGUACUUACUUUUUUGCUUCAAUCUUUUGUUUGCGCUGACUGGAUUGAUCAUCUUGAUCGUUGGUAUUUGGGUUGAAGCGAACUCCCAUCCAUACAUUGAUCUCACGGAUGAAAGCUUCUACACAACUGGACCUGUAGUCCUUAUCAUCGUGGGAGUGAUAGUGUUUAUAGUUGCAUUCUUUGGCUGCUGCGGUGCUGUGAAGGAGAAUCAUUGCAUGAUAGUAACGUUCGCUGUAUUCCUGCUGGUAAUCUUCAUAGCGGAGAUGGCUGUGGGCAUAGCUGGCUAUGUGAAGCACGAUGACAUACAGAACUCUAUCGUACGUCACCUCAACACCACUAUCAAGGACUACCCCACCAACAAGGAGGUCCAGAGCACCUUCGAUAUCCUGCAGACUGACUUGCAAUGCUGCGGUAUCUACGGACCGGGAGACUGGGCCAACAACACUCUGCCGAUCCCCGACACUUGCUGCGCGGGCCGCGAGAUCAAGGAGGGCGCUGCCGCCGCCUGCACACCUGAAUCCCCCGGCUUCCACACCAUCGGCUGUCUCAGCAAACUCGUGCCCUUCUUCAACGACAUGGCCAUGCUGCUCGGAGGUGUCGGACUCGGCAUUGCUAUGGUGCAACUCCUGGGCGUGAUAUUCGCGUGCUGCCUGGCGCGCUCCAUCCGCAGCGAAUACGAAACUGUGUAAGCAACUACUUCCUGAAUUUCCACUGAUGUAACACAUGUAUACCAACAUUAUUGCUAUCUCUGUUUUAUUUGAAGAGAAUGAGCAGGAUACAAUAUUGUAAUACAAUGUGAUUGUGGAGAUUCACAGUUCGAAUGUCAACUUUAAUCUCAUGCUAUUAGUGUUUCCAAUAUCUUUCAUAUUUAAUUAUAUUGUGAUUUAAUUAUAAGUUUCUCCGCAAAUAUAUAUUAUAAGUUAUGUUGUUUGUUUUAACAUUUUAUAUUUUAAUACAAAAAUAACAAGAGUCCUUGAGAGAUUUCGAUUCCAUUUCAACACAAAUAGUAUGUACAAAGCAGAUCUUUAUCCUAAAUAGAUUUAAUUACGUUUAUAUUAAAAGAAAUAAAACAUUUUUCCAUCUCAUUCAUCAAAGUGAAUUUGUAUCUUCGUAGAUAAUUGUGCAAGUCAAAAUCGCUAAACAACAUUAUAAAAUAGAUUUUCACAUAUAUUGAAGUGCAUUCAGUGUAGAAGACUGAUUUUCGGUAUAGAAAUGGUUUAAAAUUGCCAAAUU